UCGGAAAUAAAUAUGUGUCGGACCAUCACACCCAACGAGGAACAGCUGAUUACUGUAAAGCCAAUAUAAGAAAUAUAUUAGGCUGUUUCGCCGUUGCAGAGGGCGUAUAAAAUGUAUGUGUCGACACAAUGAAAACAGUUCCAUUAUCUCAGCAGGACAAGCCGAAUUCGUCGCAGUAGUUUGUUUAUUUUCUGAGAAGAUGUUUGCCAGACAGUUUCGUGUCAAAUCCAACACCGCAAUCAAAGGAUCGGACAGGAGAAAGCUCAAAGCUGACAUAUCUGCUGCUUUUCCUUCACUGUCUGCUGAUGAGAUUUCGGAGCUGGUCCCCAACAAAGAGGAAUUAAAUGUAGUGAAGAUUUAUGCACAUAAGGGAGAUGCUGUGACACUUUAUGUUCUUCACAAAAACCCACUGUUCUUUGAACUGGAGAAACGACUUUAUCCUACAGUAUAUGUUCUUUGGCGCUACCCUGCUCUACUGCCAAAAUUCAGGACAUGGCCUCCAGUGCUUCAGAAGUUGGUUGGAGGAGCAGAUCUCAUGCUGCCAGGCGUGGUGGUGCCUUCAAGUGGCCUCCCAGAUGUGAAACAGGGCGACUGCUGUGCUGUUACAGUAGUGAACAACAGAGCUCCUGUUGCAGUUGGCACUGCUGCAGUGUCCACUGCAGAGAUGCAUGGUUUGGGUAUGAAAGGGAGAGGAGUGUGUGUUCUCCACACGUACAUGGAUACUCUCUGGGCUUUUGGAGACAAGUCGGGUCCUCCGUCUUUACCGGAAGCAGAGAAUGAAGGACAAGGGGUGAAUGGAGAGGAAUAUGAGGUCAGUGAGGAAGAGGAGGAAGAAGUUGAGAAGUAUUUGGAGGAGGAGCAGAGUCCCGGUGAAAUGGUGAAGGAUCAAGCUUGUUCUGGUAUUGAGGAACUGAGUUUGGCUGAGCAGGAGGAAGAGAAGGGUCAAAGGGACAAUGAGGAAGAGGAGGGAAAAGAGGAUGAGAAGAAAAUGGCACAAGAGAUAAUGGACGCCCUGCUGUUGCAGUGUUUUCUCCAUGCUCUCAAGAGCAAGGUGAAGAAGUCAGAGCUCCCUCUGCUGACCAGUACAUUUCUCCGCAACCACAUGUUCUCCUGCUGCCCAAAUGGAAAGCAACUUGAUAUCAAGAAAUCCAGCUAUAAAAAGCUGUCCAAGUUUCUACAGGCCAUGCAGCAGCAGCAUAACCUUGUGCGAGUGAAAGAACUGACCAAGGGUGUGGAGAGCAUUGUGGAGGUGGACUGGAAAAAUCCAGAACUGCGUUACUUCAGCGUUCCUGAAGAGACAGAUGUUGAAGCAGCCCCGGUGCAAGAUGGAGGGGAAGGAGACACUCCAUACCAUCCACCUGAGAUCACAACUCUUUACUCUGUGUCAGCUCGACUGGAGCCUCUCUUUCUGGAUGCAAACAAGAGGAAAGGAACAAUGCUGCUGCCUGCUGACGUGAGAAAUAUUGUCACAGAGUAUGUGAAGAAGAAUGAACUGGUGGAUGAAAAUAAUAAGAAUUACGUGACCAUAAACCCUAUUCUCUGUGACUGCUUGCUGGAGAAAUCUGAGUACCAGGAGGUAGAGUCUCUCAAGUGGGAUGACCUCUUUAGCAGGACGUUGGCACGAAUGCAGGAGUGCUAUCAAGUUGUAUUCCCUGGACAAGCACCCGUAAAAAAGAAGGGCCACAUUGAGCCCAUUGACAUCUCUGUGGCGUCCCGAGGCUCCAGUAAGAAGGUGACUCUAAUAAAGAACCUGGAAGUGUACGGUUUGGAUCCUGCAGUCGUAGCCACAGCUUUGCAGCACAGAGUGCAGGCCAGCUCUGUCAUACAGCCCAUUCCUGGUUCCAAGGACAAAGUCCUGGUCCAGAUCCAAGGCAACCAGAUUCAUCAAGCUGGCAAUCUGCUGUUAGAUCACUAUCAGAUUCCUCGCAAGUACAUACAAGGACUAGAAAAAGCUCCAAAAGGUGGCAAGAAGAAGUAGCAUUUCAACCUGCUACACCAACCAUUUAAUGUCUUUAAAGCUGCUUUACUGUAUGUAAACACAACAACAACAGUCGGCCAUUCAUUUAAUAAAGUCACUGUCAUCUUCUGGAGGUUAAUGAA